AUGAGGUAUAUCGUGAUAGUCUUGCUGGUGACUUCAACAUUGUCUGAGACACGUUCUUUGGAGAAAGCCAGAUGCGAACCGAACAGGUGUGACAAAGAUCAUGAGUACUGCUGUGACGAAAACAAGUGCUGUCCCAAAAAGAAAACUGAAACAACGACAGCAGUUACACAAACAGGCGAUCCCGAAAAUAAACAAUCACUAUCAAAUGAUCCAAAAGUAUGCCCUUUACUCGAAACGUCAUUGAUAUCUUCAGUUAGCAGUGCAAUCCUAACUGCUGCAGUAAUUGGUGGUGUGUUAUAUGCCAGAAAACACAUGAAAAGAGAAUCAGACGAAAUCAUCGGUAAUGAAAACAAUUGUUUGCUUGAAGCAGUAGAACAAAGUUGGGAGAUCCAAUCCAAUUACUUCUCUAAAAACGGGGACAAACAACUAGCAUCAACAGCAAUUGAUAAAUCAUAUGAAGUUAUCCAUAGUAGAAGCGACAUGCAAAAUGCACAGGUAAAUUUAUCAAGUGACAGUGUGCCACACAUCUCAUCUGAGAACGACCCACUUGUUACAGGUACAUCAAACAGACUUAGAUAUAGCAAAGGUAGCACAGUCACCAUUGAUACCACAAAAGAUAGAUCAGGGGAAAAUAGUAUUCACAAUAAGAUCACAAAAACACCACAGGAAGUGAGUACACAUGGCAGUGAUAGUACUAGAAAAGUAUUGAUUUCAUCAAUUUCUAACAUCCAUCGAAACAAUGAGAAGAAAAGAAACGACUUCCAGGAGAUAAUUUCAGAAAUCAAUAUUUCUUCAGGAGAAUGCGAUUCUCAUGCACAUACACUGGGAAACAUUACUAACUGUGGUCAACAUGGCACAACAUCUUUAAAAAGUAUGAACAGUAAUAAUUACAGUGACAAUUUACUUGGAACUGAAAAUAGAGAAGACAAUACACAGAGAGUUAGAGAAGCACACAAAGAAAAAUCUUAUAUUAUUGAAACUUUGGACAUGAAAGGUGAUGGAAAUAAAACCAUACAUUCUACAUGUAUGGAAAAAACCAUAAAUACUGAAAGCAUCGAUUCAACAGAUGUAGAUAUUAUGUCCACACAACAGUUGGAAAGAUCUGACCCAGGUGCUCGUAAAGAAUCAACAAACGAAGCAAAAUCAACAGAAAUAGGAGUAAAUCUCUGGAGAUGUGAACAAUCAGAUUCAUGGUCUGGAGGAGAUAAAGACCAUGAUUUACAAAUACACGAGAAACAAAGCAAUUAUAGUGUAACAGGUCAUGUAAAACACCCUACUGCAUCUUCAUCAAGUAGUACUGGUGAUAAUGAUGACGAGUCUAUACUUGGAGCUGUGGCAACAACACAGAUACAUAGUGGAAGAUCAAAUAGGUCACAUGAAUCAAAACAAAAUAUCGAUGAAGGUGAAUCAACAUUAUUGUCUUCCUCAAAUAUGGCAGAACAAUUUGGAUAUUCAACUAUAGUUGUAACAAAGAAUAGAAGGAAAAGAAGAAAUAGAAAACUCAAAUUAAACGAAAUAUUCCAAAGAUGA